AUGACUGAGGAGAAGAAGGCAAUUGUGAGGGAUCUUGGAUUUGGUGGGUUGAUGCACAUCCCACCACUGAGGGUGGAUCACCAACUCUUAAGGGAGCUGGCAAAAAACUUCAAACUUGGGGAGAACAAACUGAAGACAGGAUAUGGUUCUUUCCAUAUAACCCCAAAAAAAAUAGGUGAUGCGCUUGGCAUCAAUGCAACAGGGAAGAACAGGGUUGAAAGACCACCAAAGCCAUGGAUUGCCAACUGGACUAAGGAGCAAAUGGACUCAAGAAAAAGAAAGCAGAGGCAAGAGGACUCAGAUUCUGAUUCAGAAUCUGAAUCUGAACCAAGUGACGAGAGCGAAGAAUCAUCACCUAGGAAGAAGGAGAAGAAAAAGAAAAAAACAAAAACAACACCAAAAGAUGAGACAUAUGAAAUAUCGAGUGACGAACUCGAUGAAUUGCUAGGGGAAAACAUUCAUAAAUCUGCUGCAGAGGGGGACAACCAGGCUGACCUGCGAUCGACAGAAGGUCGCAAUGUGUCCUCUGAAACACUACCAGCUGUCAACUUGGGAAGUGAUGAUACUUCCUCUCAAAGACGCACAGAACAGAAUAGUGUAAACCAGCCGUCUCAGAGCAUGUUGACUCCGGAUGAUUCGAAUAUGAUGGUUGUUAGGGAACAAACGCCGUCGGAAGCGCUUGCAAUGUGA